GCCGUGUAGGGUUUGACUUUCGUGAAGGGCUCGUUUCAUUAGCCUGGUCCCCUCAAGGCUCAUCCGUGGUUUUCUUCCUGAUGACACUACUGUGUACCACACCUUGUACAUCCAUUCGUCCGGGCAUGAACACUUCACCUGUUGGCUAUUACUCAACAGGCACGCCUCCAAGCAGAGCCUUGGAGUGCAAGGCCGGCACCAUUACCUCCAACGAGUGGAACUCUCCCGACUCCCCUGUGGGGAGCAGCGUGUCCAGGUGCAGCCAAGCAUUGAACAAGCCCAUUGACAACGAUGCAGAGGGCGUGUGGAGCCCGGACAUUGAGCAGAGCUUCCAGGAAGCCCUGGCCAUCUACCCGCCUUGUGGCCGGCGCAAGAUCAUCUUGUCAGACGAGGGCAAGAUGUACGAAACAAGGUGUCAUUAUGCUGCUCACGUUAGCCUUGACCUCCUGGGCUCUAGGGAUUCUCCUGCCUCAGCCAUCAGAGGAGCUGGACUGUCGCAAUGAACUGAUUGCCCGCUACAUCAAGCUUCGGACAGGGAAGACCCGCACCAGAAAGCAGGUUUCCAGCCACAUCCAGGUGCUGGCUCGACGCAAAGCCCGUGAGAUCCAGGCCAAGCUCAAGGUUCAGGGAGUGAAGGACAAGGCCCUGCAGAGCAUGGCUGCCCUGUCGUCCACCCAGAUCAUCUCAGCCAUCACCUGCCACGGUAAACUGGCCCUGGCCCGAGGGCCAGGCUGCCCUGCAGUCUCCGGGUUUUGGCAAGGAGCUUUACCAGGCCAAGUUGGAACAUCCAAUGACGUGAAACCUUUCUCUCAGCAAACCUACACUGUCCAGCCUCCGCUGCUUCUGCCAGGACCUGCCUCAUUGCCCUCCGCACCCCUGGCGCCCCCGUGGCAGGGCCGCAGUGUGGCCAGCUCCAAGCUCUGGAUGUUGGAGUUCUCUGCCUUCCUGGAGCAGCAGCAGGACCCAGCCACGUACAACAAGCACCUGUUUGUGCACAUCGGCCAGGCAAGUCCAAGCUACAGCGAUCCCUACCUCGAAGCCAUAGAUGUCCGCCAGAUCUGUGACAAAUUCCCAGAAAAGAAGGGUGGGCUCAAGGAGCUCUUCGAACGGGGACCCUCCAAUGCCUUUUUUCUUGUGAAGUUUUGGGCGGACCUCAACACCAACCUCGAGGACAAAGGCCACUCCUUUUACGGGGUCUCUAGCCAGUACGAGAGUCCCGAGAACAUGAUCAUCACCUGCUCCACCAAGGUGUGCUUGUUCGGCAAGCAGGUGGUGGAGAAGGUGGAGACAGAGUACGCUCGCUAUGAGAACGGCCACUACUCCUACCGCAUCCACCGCUCACCGCUCUGCCGGUACAUGAUCGGCUUCAUCCACAAGCUGAAGCACCUGCCCGAGAAGUGCCUGAUGAACAGCGUGCUGGAGAACUUCACCAUCCUGCAGGUGGUCACUGACAGAGACACCCAGGAGACCCUGCUGUGCAUUGCAUACGUCUUUGAGGUGUCGGCCAGUGAGCACGGGGCUCAGCACCACAUCUACCGGCUGGUGAAGGAAUGAGAGACUCGGGAGCAAGGUGGUUGAGACGUGUGUGCAGGACAUGGAGACAUGGAGGGGACCCACAGGGAGGCCCCCAGAAGUGCCAUGAGAACAGAGUGGAGCAGGCGUGAUGCUGCCAGGGUCAGACUGCCUGCCCUGCCCACCCGCCCCCAAUAAACCUGAGGUGUUGUGCA